AUGUGGUUUUCUUUUCUUUCUUUUGUCAUUUUAUUGGUGGGUGUUGUACAGCAUCUCGAUGCUAUCAGCAGUCCCAUUCCACCAUACACCAAUUAUACCUAUGCUACGGAACUGCAACCCAGUUUUGCUGAUCUCUGGUGGUCGAUCGACAAUCUUCAAAAGGAGAUCACUUUUGAAUUUCACGUCAAUACGACUGGCUGGAUUGCACUUGGUAUCAGUCCAGCUGGUGGUAUGAUUGGUGCUGAUAUCGGCUUGGGAUGGAUCGAUCAAUCGGGUCAACUGCAUUUUGAAGAUCGAUAUGCAUACGGCUUUUACCAGCCGAUGGUGGAUAGCACAACACAAGAUUGGUUUGGAUUGCAAGGUCGCGAAGUGAACGGAUGGACAGCCAUUCAGUUCAAACGACUCUUAGACACUUGCGAUAUCAUGGAUUAUCCUAUCAAAUCCGGAACCAAUAUUGUGAUCUAUGCCUACAGUCUCGAAGAUCCUAUUAUAAUUGAUGGAAAAGCGACGAUCAAGUAUCAUGGCGAUCGUCGAUAUACUCGAGCGAUUCCAUUACAAUCAUAUGCAAAUCCACCACCAGAGAGCAAAUUUUCUGGCCUCGACUAUUUCGAUUUCCAACUGCACAACUAUUCAGUACCAUCGAACGAGACGACCUAUCACUGUACGGUCUACAAAAUUCCAGUUAAGUUUCCUAAACGAAGGCAUGCUAUUGCUCAUAAAUCCAUCAUUGAUCCAGUCAAUAUCGACAUUGUUCAUCAUAUGUUGAUGUAUGAAUGCAAUCCAUCAACUGUCUUCGAUGAUAACAAUUUGCCUUCUGGUAUAUGUGAUGAUCUUGGCGAAGUUCUUAUACCUUGCACAUCGAAUAUCGCCACCGGAUGGGCUGUUGGUGGAGAUUAUAUCAAUGAGUUCCCUGAAGUAGCUGGAUAUCCUGUUGGAGGUGAUUUUGAAAUCAAAUAUUAUGUGAUUCAAAUGCACUAUAACAAUAUACAUCAAAUGUCAAAUCGCACGGACAGCUCUGGUAUGCGAUUCUAUCUGAGCAAUGAACUUCGCCAAUAUGAUAUCGGCUAUCUGACAUUGGGUCAAGAUUCAGACGCCACUGCUAUUGCCAUUCCACCAUAUGAUGAUCAUUUAGUUAUCGAUUCUUAUUGUCCUACUCUGGUCACUCAAAAUAUUCCACCGACGGGCAUUACUGUGGUUGCAGCAUUUCCACACACUCAUCUUCAAGGUACCAGAAAACGGGUAAUUCUUUUACAAGAGACAACAUUCUCGCUUCUAGGACGCAGUGUCUGGACAAAGAUCAUUCGAAAUAAGAAAGCAGUUCAAUAUCUGUUCAAUGGUGAUGCCUACACUUUCAAUUAUCAAUUCCAGAAUCGUUUACCUCAACCAAUUACAUUGUAUCCGGUUUGUAUUAUCUAA